AUGCCGCCGACAAUUUCCCCGCUGGCCUGUUGCAUCCCCCGCACGCCCAUCUCACGGUCUUUCCGCAACUUCCAUUCCUCCAGAUUGUCCCGAACAUUAUCACCGUUGUCAUCAUCAACAUCAUCACCAUUCAGAUCUCCGCUCUCCGUGUCUCUACCAGCAUCGUCUACGCGACUUACAUCUACGAGCAUCACCAACACAACUCUCCCUACGAUCAAAAAGUUCUCCUAUCAAAUAGUCCAAAACCGAACCAUGUCUGCUGCCCCCGUCCCCGACCGGUACAAACUCGUCUUCUUCGUCCCGCAUUCCCACCUCGAGACAUGUAAAGAAGCUGUCUUCGCGACCGGCGCGGGAACCUUUCCCGGAGGCAAGUACCGGAAAUGCUGCUUCCAGAUGCCUGGUCAGGGCCAAUUUCUGCCGUCUGAAGGUGCGAAUCCUGCCAUUGGCGAAGUUGGGACGAUCGAAACGGUCGAGGAGAUGAAGGUGGAGGUGAUGUGUCUGGGACGGUCGGUUAUGCUGCAGGCAGUCGAGGCAUUGAUUAAGGCUCAUCCGUAUGAGGAGGUCGCAUAUGAGGUAUAUAAGAUGGAGAAUGUAUAA